CUCUACAUCCCUGGUAAGUCUCCCCGGACAACGCGGUCCCUUGCUGUUGUACCUAGAGCUGACUUAAUUUAUUAAAAAGCUAUCGCAACUUUUUGUCAUUUGACUUCUCAGCUGCUCCUUAUCUCAUCUACACACAAAAAGACCGCGUUUGUCGUGUAACCAUAUUAUAUUUCCUUUUUUUUCUUUUCUUCUUUCCGUCUUCGAUGUAUGUAACGACAAGUUGGCAUUGUCUAUUGUUCAUGGAAUGGUUUUUGGAACUAUCUAUUUUAAGUUAUACUUACAUACCAACCUCCUUACUUACUUUAUCUACCUAAUCUAACUUAGUCGCGUUAAAUCGAAGCCUUGCUUUGUCCUCGCUCGUCUUAUGGUUAUGCGCUUUGCGCUUUUCUCCACUCCCGACAUUUGCGCCCAUACAUAGUAUGUCGAAAGUUUGAUGGAAGCUGGCGCCUACAGAAACUCAUAUAUACCAUACACACACCCGGCGCUAUAUCUGUACCUUUGGAGCGGUUCUUUUUCUACUCAACACGCUAAUCAGUCACCCCACCUCUUCCACGUCCUGACGACGCAAGCUACCUAAUGUAUGUGAGAGGAUGACUAGCAAUUUUGUCUGCUUAUUCGACUAUCGCCGCCCUACUUCGCCUUUAUCCUUAGAUUUUCGCAUCCCUAUGCCUCUACUACACCGAGCAUUGCGAUGACCCGAAAUCCUUUGCGGAGCACCGUGCCCGCUUGGGUGGAGUUGUAUGAUGAGCACGCUCAUGGGCCGAGAAAGGACAAACACAUUAAUCCUCCUCCGCCAAGUGUCCGCCCGGAACAGAAUAAAGGAAACCACUUAAAACGAAGGGUAUCAAAGGAUGGUUAUGUUGACUGGGUCGACGAAAAACACGAUCAUGUAUCUAAACUCCCCGUGUUUUUGAGGAAACGAGCCGACAGGCCAGGGCGACGAUGGGAUCAUUUGCGCACGGCAGAGCCAGUUAUUAUGGGGCUCGGCUAUCGAGCACCUAAUGAAGAUCCUUACGAGAGAUGGCGGGGUUUUAUCCAUUCGUCUUCCUAUGGACGAAAUCCCGACGACGAGUACGAAGUGGUACCGUAUGACGUCCUCGAACAACAAAUGCCAGGUCUCGACCAGCCCGUACGAAGCCCGCUUCAUCCGUUAGAUCCCAAGACCAAGAGAAAAUCUAGAAAGGAUACUUGGGGGAUGAAGAUCUCGAAUUUUGUACUGCGGCAUCCAAUAGCGCCGCUUAUAUUCCGUCUAAUCGUUUUGAUCACCACCAUCGCAGCUCUUGCUGUAGCAACAAAUAUCUUCCAAAAAGAGAAGAGCCCAGAAACCCCCGACGACAAUACCCCAGAGACUUCGCAAGCGAUUGUAGCUAUAGUCAUUGACGCGAUAGCUAUUCCUUACAUUUUAUAUAUGACUUGGGACGAAUAUACAGGGAAACCCUUAGGACUUAGAGCACCAGCGCAGAAGAUAUCGCUAACGCUCUUGGACCUCGUUUUCAUCGUGUUGAAAUCUGCUAGCACGGCACUGGCUUUCGAAGCGUUGGUGUAUCAUAGUGGGGACGGUCUGUCGACAGUUCCUGAAUGGGCAGCAAUGGAGAGACUGUCUUUGCAUUUGGCCAGGGGUCUUGCGGCGUUGACGCUGGUAGGGUUGAUCGCCUGGAUUCUGAAUUUCACUAUUAAUGUUUUCAGAUUGGCGGAGAAACUCGGCGGGAUAGAUAACGUAAAUGAAAAAUGAGUUAGGUAAAUAGCUUAUAAGGAUAGCGUAUAAGGAGAUAAAUAUACCCCAAGAUGAUAACGUCAAUAUCAUUUACGCUGAUGGUUCUUAGGUGAGGUACCUAGGUACCUAACAGACCUUUAAUGUGUUUGUGUUUAGGUGACUUCAAUUGUCUUCGAUCAAAUGUCGGGCAGGCAUUGUUCCUUAUAUGCUACCUCAGAUGGCAGGCACACAACAGAUGGGAAGCAAUAUCCUGUACUA